CGGUGGCAACGCCGGGCGGCGCCCAGGCCUCGGGGCUCUGGGCCUGGCCCGCGGGACGCGAGCCCAGACCUGGGGCUGAUGGUGAUUGGAAGAGGACUGCCAGAAGGAUCUGGAAAGCAGACUUUUGCUGUGAAAAGCAAAGAUCCUUUACCUACACAUUUUACAAGAAAUGUACAGAAAGCCAUUGAUAAAUAUACCCGUAAAUCCGUGUCAUCAUUUUCGUCAAGUGGAAGCCCCAUGCCCACAGAAGCUCCCAACUCCUGGUCUGGGUCUGGGACACAGAGUUCAACCACAGGCUUAUCAACCGAGAAGAGCUCCAUUUACUCUUGGAGAGAUGACGAGUUUGACAAAGCCAGUGCACAGAAGGUACAGCAGUUAUUCUGGGAGGUCGAGGAAAUGUUAUUUGAAGGGAAAGUAAGCCCUCAGACCCAGAAUCUACAGGCUGAAUGCAGUGAGUGGGCAAGAAGGUCCCUCCAUCUGAGAGUAUUAGGAAGACAGCUCAUCCUGCCCACUGAUGACGGGGUCCAGCAUUUCCAGGGCAGCAAACCUGCUUCUGCCGUCCACAGACCCGUCUCUGACGACUGUGAACCCAGCAGCAACACCAGAGAGCUGUGCAUCUCCGGCUCUCAAAUAGUCCCAGCCGCACUCUCAGCCCUCACCCUGCCAGGUCCUGUUGGCACAGGGGUUGCGGACCUCACGGCAUGUUCAUCCCUGGAAGAAGAGGUUUAUGAUGUGGAUGGAAAGAUUGAAGAGUAUUUCGCUUUUGACAGAAAAGAAGAUGACGAGGACUGUCUUGAACAAAACCCAGCUCAUCACCACAGGACGUGGCAUAAGCAUGGACUUCCUCCCGUAUCCCCGCAUGACUGUGUCAGAGACGCGGUGGCUGCAGAAGUGUUUGAUCACGUCUGGACAACUGUGGUGGAAAUACUGGAAAAGCUGAUUAGAAAAAACUGGGAAGUUACACUCACAGAAGGAAAAAAACAGAAAGAAAAAUUGAAAGUAGCUGAGAAUAAAUCUCCACCUAUGGUCAUUUCCUGUAUUAAUGCUGAUGUGUCCAGUGUUCCCCCAUCCAGAAGUUCUGAAACUCGAAGUGUAUCCCUGGCUUCUCAUCUUAACCCACCUCAGAUUCAUCGCUUCUCCAAUAAUUUUUAUAGUGACUUGAAUGGUGUGAUGACAAUUCAAGCAAAACCACUUCAGCAGAGACCUACCUAUUUUGCAGAUAGAACACAGAGUGAGCAAGAGGACAAAUCACUGGGUGUAGGGGCCAGUGCCCUUUCCUCGGCCCAGCACCGUCUGGCACGGAUCUUGGAUGCUCGCGGACUACAGACUUCUGCAGAGAAAACACCGGCAUACAGGAGGCUGCCUUCUCUUACCUCAGAAUCACAGAGAAUAAAAAUCCCCAGUGUGUACAGUGAUGAAGUUCUUAGGGGAACAAAACUGCAAACUGGCGUGGACCGCACGGCCUCCCCACCAGUUCAGACCUCAAGGAGCAGGUUGCCACCAAUAGGCUCAGAGACUGGGGAGCAGAAUAUGGCAGUUUCCAGAUCGCGUCCUGUUUCUCUCAGAGGAAGGCAUCCACAAAACCAUGUGCUGAGCACAGUACCUGUCCGUGUAGAAAGAUCACCCCUUCAAGAAAGAUCUCUGGCGGCGGAACAGUUUUAGCCCAGCACAACCCAGACAUUUCGGUCAGAUACGCCUCGAAAAGGUUCACUGACACUGAGGGAAUUUGCUGGUCACACAUGGACAGGUCAAGGUUUUUUGACAGGUUCACAAUUUCCACCUAAAUCUUUUCAGAGGACAACUUUGACUUUCAGAAAGAGAUUCCAGGUGGCGUCUUGAUGUGACUUCACCAGGACUACACACCUGCUGGAGCAUUCAAAGCCUCAGUACACCAUUUAUCACUUGAAAAAUAGAAGAAGUAUUGUUAUUUAUCUGUCUGACAGUCUGAGAUGUUAGACUACCUGAGAGAAAUGCAAACAAAUAAACAACUUAAUUUUGAA